CUCGCCGCGGGGGAGUUUCGCACCUCUCGGGGCUGCCGGGGACCUGGCGCGGGGGAUGCUCCGGUGCGGGGGUCCCCGGUGCCCCCCGGCGCUGCUGCUGCUGCUGCUGGUGGUCGUGGCCAGCGGCCGAGGAGCCCGGGAGUGCCGCGAACGAGCCGUGUCCAGCGCUGGAAUGUUGGAGCUGCGGCCGGAGAGGCACCAGCAGGGGUGGACAGAGGUGCACUGGAGAGUGGACAGGAGUGCGGGACCACGGGAACGGAUCCUGACGGCCCGGAGAGAUGGAAGUGUCUCCUACACCAGGGGUUCUUUUCCUGGGAGAGCCGUUUUCCAGCCGGAGACCCUGUCCCUGAGGAUCUCCCCGGUCAGGAGGGAGGACAGUGGGGUCUAUAAGAUCGAGUUCGAGGAUCCAUCGGGAGCUGUCGCCGUCCUGUCCUUCUGUGUGCGGGUGUGGGAUCCCAUUCCCUGGCCGGAGCUGCAGGCACAGACCCUUCACCGGGAGCAGGGCUGGUGCAACAUCUCCCUGUCCUGCUCCGUUCCCGCUCCUGGAAGCGUCUCCUACAGCUGGAAUUGCAGCGGGGAUCCCUCGGGAGCCCCCCCGGGGCACCACAACCAGCCGCGGCUGCUGCAGCGGGUCCCUGUGGACGCCGAUCCCACCCUCUGCCUCUGCAACGCGAGCAACCCCGUGAGCUGGGGCGUGGCCAGCGCCGACAUCGCCGGCAUCUGUCGCCGCUCAGACCUUUCCCACCUCAUCCUGUGGCCUGCAGUGGCCUCGGCCGUGGCACUGCCCCUGUUCCUGCUCGUUGUCACCUGCUGCUGGUGGAGGAAGCGAAGGAAGAAAACCCCAGAAGCCCCCCCCGGACACGUGGAGGAGCCCCUGACCAUCUACGAGGAGGUGGGAAGAGACAAAAGCAGCCAAGACCCUGAUGGGACCCUUGAGCCCCCCCAGGCCCCCAACACCGUGUACGCCGUGGUCUGCCCCCCAAAACAGCAGGAGGAACCCCGGUGCCAGCGUUGCCCCGGGAGCUGCACCCUCUACUCCGUGGUGCAGCCGGGCAGGAGGGUGAGAUUGUCCCGGUUCCCCCCCGACCCCCCCGUGCUGACCCCGACCCCGUGUCCCCCUCGGGCGUUUGGGGUCACCCUCCCACUCCCACCCUCCCCAACUCUCCCCCACAGCCUCCUUCCCUCCGGAGGAAGAGGUUGGACCCCGCCCUGGUCUCCACCGCCUUCUUGGAGGAUCUGGGCGGUCUGAGGCCCUGGAGCCCCUCCUUGUGCGCCCCACACCCGACCCCUGCCGCUCUCCACCUCC